AUGGUUUCGCUCAAACUCCAAAAGCGGCUGGCCGCUAGUGUCCUAAAGUGCGGCAAAGGCAAGGUUUGGAUUGACCCAAAUGAAGGAAAUGAGAUCUCCAUGGCUAAUUCACGCCAGAACAUAAGGAAACUUGUAAAGGAUGGUUUCAUUAUCAGGAAGCCUACUAAGAUCCACUCUCGGUCCCGUGCCCGUCGUAUGAAUGAAGCUAAGAGGAAGGGACGUCACUCUGGCUAUGGUAAGCGUAAGGGUACCAGGGAAGCUAGGCUGCCAACCAAGGUUCUCUGGAUGAGGAGGAUGCGUGUCUUGAGGCGUCUUCUCCGCAAGUAUCGUGAGUCAAAGAAAAUUGACAAGCACAUGUACCAUGACAUGUACAUGAGGGUGAAGGGUAAUGUGUUCAAGAACAAGAGAGUUCUAAUGGAAAGCAUCCACAAAUCAAAGGCUGAGAAGGCAAGGGAAAAGACUUUGUCUGAUCAGUUUGAGGCUAAGCGGGCUAAGAACAAGGCAAGCAGGGAGAGGAAAUUUGCUAGGAGGGAAGAACGCUUUGCAAUGGGACCUGGGGCUGAAAAACCAGUAGCUGCACCGCCUCCUGCUGCUGCUGCUGCUCAACCAACAGAGGGAACUAAGAAGUCCAAGAAGUGA